CUCUAAUCUUUCGCAAUUGAUUAUAGAGUGUAGCCAGUGGAGAUAUCGCCACUGGCUCGCUCAAGCUUUCCCGGAGGCCUAUCUGUCAAAGUUGUGGCCAGGUUGGAGCCACUCCGAAAUUCAAGCGGACGGGUCCGGCUUCGUCAAACUUCAACCUAGCGUGUCAUACUGAGCAGGCACCAUCAAAAAUUUUGUGGAGCCAUCGACUCCCAUCUCAUAACACGGUGGUCGAAGUUAACGAACGCGAUCUCUAUUGCAUGACCGCGCAGUUGACGACUUUUACGUUGUGGCGGAGGUGUCGCGGCUCCUUAGGUGUCCUCCUGGCAAGUUCGAAGGCGAUACCCUAGGACCUGCGCUUUCGAAAGCGACACCAGCAACGUCCUGCGAGCGCACCCUGACGUCGAACCUUGGAUUGCUGGUGGGCAGUAAUUUUGACAUCCGGAAGCAAAUUCACGAUUGGUCUCGUUGUCUCGGUUAUCCAAGGACCGUUGGUACAUUUCUCAGGCUGGUUGCCGCGGACGAAUAUGUCUGAAUCGCAGGAUGCACCUACAGUACUGGAGAGAGACACGCAAACUGCAAAUGGAGAAUCAAUAGUCUCAGCGGUCAAUGCAAUCUCUAGAGAGUCCGUGCCCCUCGUUCAAGAACCAUGUGUCAAUCUUCCGGAAAUCGAGAUGACUGAGCCUCAGUGCGACCGGAUCGACAACGAACUCAUUCCAGAUGCUGGUUUUGAGCACGCGCGUGGCAUCAAAAAUGAAAACUACGAUGGAAUCUCGCAGUCCGACGAUGCUAGAUACCCAGAAUUGACGGUGCGGGAUUCAGCAGAGAAUUCCAACAGAGCGGAAUCGAAAAAUGCGACAAAUCUUGCUGGUCAGGUAGUGGACGGCGAGACAAUUGAGGUAAUUGCCACUUCGAAAAGGUCGCUGAAGACGCAUGCAAUCAAACCCUACAGUACUCUCGAGCCAGAAGACACUGUCGACCUAGUGAGCAAAAUCCAGACCAUCUUCGAGAUGGACACGACUGUGAAGGAGAAUGGAGUUGUAUUACUGGACGCGCCGCAUUUAAUACCUGCUGAUGGCGAUAUCAGAUUGCCCCCUGCCGACUAUGGCUUCGAGGCUACCUCUCAAAGGGUCAUGACGCCUGCUAGGCUUCUCGGCACGGGGUUGGUGGUAAUCAAGCGCGAAGAAGCCAUUUUAAGAGACCAGCAACCAAAAUUCUCGCCAGCCAAGGAACUUUCAGAAGAUGAUAUGGAAAGAAUUUUUCGUGACCAUAUUGAAAUGCAUGGACGUAAUUCGAAGCGAUUCCCGUACUUCAACAUUGAUAUCAGUGACUACCGGGUUCGGCCUGAAGGCUCAUUCGAACUGACCUGCGGGGCACCGAUGGACAAAUUGUCAUACAUUGCUGGCGUGAAUACCCCUUAUGGUUACUAUAGCCGUGGCAUCUCUCAUUUUGGAGCUCAUGUGGAGGACUGGCAUUUUGCUUCAUACAAUGUUCUCUUCGCCGGCCAGGUCAAGCUGUGGAUCGCGGUGAAGCCUUCGAGCAAGGCCUUAUUUGAGAGAAAAAUUCGGGAAUUGUUUCCGGAAAUUGGCACUUGCGUUCAAUUUGUUCGACAUCUUGCUAUCAAUAUCGCGCCCGCUACAUUGCGAAAAUGGGGCGUCGAGCACUUUUUUGUUCCUCAGAAGCCAGGCCAAAUUGUCGCUGUGUCCGGCUACACGUAUCACUGGGGAAUCAACACUGGUCAGAAUUAUGCAGAAGCCAUAAAUUUCUGCAUAGAGAAGAAUUGGGUCGCACCGGAAGAGUUCAAAAAUUGCUACCGCGGAUGUGGCAUUGCAGACGACAUGAUUCCACUUCCUAAGCCGGUAUUAGAAGACGGCGACUUGGAAACGAAGAAGGAACGGGCUAUUGUUCGCGAUCAAGCUUUCCGAAAAACUUGGGAAGAAGAAGGGGCAAAGCUCGUAAAUGAGCAGGAUAUACUCAGCGCAAACAAAAGGCUGAAGCCAAGAAAGCAGAGUGAAACUCCGUCUGAGUCCAUGCGCUUCUUUCCAGCUCGAGCUAGGCCUCAUCUGACAUCUCGAGAUACAUCAGCCACCCCGUUCUCGCACCGUCAGCGGCCAAGGGCAAAACAGAGAAACACACUGCGAGAUUCUAUCGAAGUAUCUGCGGCCGCGCAACGAUUGAACGGUCGCGAGUAUCAUCGGCGAACUAAGACGGUUCGACAACGAUAUCGUGAUGCCAGCGCGACCCCAAGUGAACCAUCAGAGAGUACGGAUGAGGAACCAGCAGUCAAGCGCGAUCGGCCAGGAAAAACGGGCCAUUCUCGGCACAUCUCCAGCAUUCUUGAAUCCGCCCAGCAAGACUCUAAUGCUGUUGCUACUCAGAUCAACGGUCUCAAGAAUAUGGUUCUCAGCUUCUUGAUUGAUCAGAAGAAGGCAGCUUCGGAAGCAACAGCUAAACAAGAGCAGCUGAUGCGCUUGCAUGUUGAUUGGCAAAUUAAGCAGACCGAGAUAGCCAUGAAACAGUCCGAGUACGCUCAGAAAAUGAUGGAAUCCCAACAACGAAUGGAGCAUUUGACAAUGCUGAUGCUACAGAAAUUGGAAAGCCAACAAAUUUCACGUUCAGAUUCAACUACAACCGCUUCCAAUAAGCAGGCACGAGGACAUUCUCGCUUUUCUAAGUCUGUUGGCGGUGCGAUUUCUACUAAUAUCUCUUCCAAUGGGAUUCACCUAGAUGACCGCCAGAAUUUACCCCGUCAUCAACUUCCUUUCAAUGCGGAAGGGCCAGUGACGUCGUCAACCUCAAGUUCAAGACCUCUUGGCUCUAGGUGUGAGUCCUUACUUAAUGCAGCGGCACAACCAGAUAAAGCAUCUUCAGGUUCAAACGUAACCUCCCGUGCUCCGAGUAUCAUCGGCUCGUCGGCUCGUGCCACUGAACCUGAUACCCAUACUUCCCCCGAGUAUCUACCUAGCACACCACAACCGAAGUCAGCACAUUCCACUCCGCUCGCAGAUGAUCUCGCACCCCAAUCACCGGCUUCAAGGCUUCUUGAAUGUGCGUCACAUGACAUUACCACAGAUACGAAUGCGAAGGCUAGCGAUACCCGGAGAUGGGAACAUAGCGGGAAUGAUGCUAGCGAUACGUCGUCAUUAACUGGAGCAGAAGCUGAACAAGGCGACAACGCAGCUCCAGAGGGAUCCACGCGUAUGGGCCGAUCUACUGCUGUUAGCGUCAAUGUCGAAACUACUAGCUCCGUGAAUAAAAUGAAGUGUACGUCUUGUAGGGCCAGGCGUGUCACCUGCGGGAAAGAAGAGCCUGCAUGCCUUCGAUGCAUUACUAGUCGCAAGCCACGUACUUGCAUCUAUCCAAGCACAAAGAUUAAGAGCAGAACGGUCAAUAAGCAAGCCAAACGUGCUGCCAGUGAAGCCGAACCUUGCCCAUCGGAUGUUCCUUUCACUAAACGUUCGAAAACCAAUCCGAAGGAUGCGGUAAUUGAACGUGCAGAAUCAUCUUCCUCACGUCCUCUCAUGACCAGGGAGCUUUCAGCACUUUUUAAUACAGACGAAUGGGAUGUGGUGCCAGAUCGAGCUAGUAUGGAGCCUAUCCCGAGAAAGCGCCUAAGCAUUGAUAAGUCAAGCACCCCCGUCGCCUGAAUUACGAUGUUUGUAAGGCCUCAACCGCAAGUUUCUGUUUUCAUGGAUACCCAGCAUGAAGAUCGACUAGGACUUCAGCAGGAGAUACAGAGACUGUAUGCUCUCUGCGUUAUCACGAUGUAUAAUAUAUGAUGAACUCAUUUUAUUCUACGAACGCUCUCAAACGAGCGAUAAUUCAUUUUUGUCGAUACUCUUUCC